AUGCCUUUAUCGUGUAGAUGGAGGUCUGUUGGGAUAUAUCUAGCAUUUGUUCUACUGGAUUGUUACUGGGAAGCUGUGUCUGGGCAGCUCUCCUACACCGUCUCAGAGGAGGUGAACCCGGGCACUUCUGUUGGAAAUAUCGCUAAAGAUCUUAACUUAAGCCUACAAGAUCUGGAGUCUCGUAUGUUUCAGAUUGUUACUGGAUCAAAAAGAAAAUUGUUCGAGGUAAAUCUAAAGACUGGGGCUCUCUAUGUCAGUGAUAUAAUAGACAGAGAGGAACUUUGUGCGGAGGAAACCAUAUGUACAAUAAAUGUAGAGGCGGUAAUAAAUAACCCAUUGAAUCUUUAUCGUAUUGACAUAAACAUCUUAGAUAUAAAUGAUAAUUAUCCGUUGUUUACAGCUAAAUCACAAAAUUUAGACAUUGCAGAAAGUACUCUACCCGGAGUGAAAUUUGCUUUAUUUGAGGCAUCUGAUGCAGAUGUGGGAAAAAAUGGAGUGAACACGUACAAAUUAAGCCAAAAUGAACAUUUCUCUUUGGCGGUGCACAAAGCAGCGGAGAGUGUGUCUGCCGAGUUAGUGCUGCAGAAAGCUUUAGACCGAGAGAAGCAGCCUUCGAUUAAACUGACUCUGACCGCUGUAGAUGGAGGGAGUCCUCCGAGGUCAGGCACUUCACAGCUUGUUAUUCAUGUUUUAGACAAUAACGAUAACCUUCCGAUAUUCAGCAAAUCUUUGUAUAAAACUCAAAUUCCAGAAAACUCACCCCCAGGCACAACAGUAAUCUCUGUGAACGCCACAGAUGCAGACGAAGGCCUGAACGGUGAAAUAAUAUAUUCUCUGAGAAGCAAAGAUCAAGAUCAUGUACUUGAUAUAUUUGAAAUUGAACAUCAAACGGGUAGCAUUGUGGUAAAAGGCAGUAUAGACUAUGAAGAAAGAAAGGCAUUUGAGAUUCGUGUAGAAGCUAGCGACAGAGGCCAACCACCGAUGGCAGCUCAUUGUAAAGUGCUGGUAGAAGUUAUAGACGUGAAUGAUAAUGCUCCAGAGAUCACUGUGACGUCACUACUAAACAAGGUGGAAGAAGACGCUAAAGUAGGUACUGCUGUUGCCCUUGUGUCAAUACUUGAUAGAGAUGGAGGUAAAAAUGGUGAUGUGAAAUGCCAGAUUACAAAUAAGGCUCCAUUCAAACUGAAAACAAAUUACAAAAACUAUUAUUCAUUGGUAGUGGAUGGCCCCCUAGACAGAGAGAGCGCCGCAGACCACAAUGUGACCAUUACAGCUAUUGAUGAAGGAACCCCUCCUCUCUCCAGCACCAGUGUUAUUACUGUACACGUUUCUGAUGUGAAUGACAACGCGCCAUAUUUUUCAGAGCCCGAGGUCAAUGUUUAUGUGAAAGAGAAUAGCCCGCUAGGAGCAGUUCUGGAAAUGGUAUCCGCAGUUGAUGCUGACAUUGACCAAAAUGGUCGAGUGAGCUACUCAAUUUUAAAGAGUAACAGUAACUCAGUGCCGCUCACAGCAAUGGUAAAUAUCAACUCAGAGACAGGAGAAAUAGUCAGCCUACAGUCUUUUAACUAUGAGGAGUUAAAGACGUUCCAGUUUAAAGUUCAGGCCACAGACUCUGGUGUUCCUCCGCUCAGCAGCAACGUGACUGUCAACGUUUUCAUCCUGGAUGAGAAUGACAACAGUCCCGGGAUCCUUGCGCCCUAUUCGGAGCACAGCUCCGUUAACAGUGAAAGCAUUCCCUAUUCUGCUGAAGCGGGCUACUUUGUGGCCAAGAUCAGGGCUGUGGACGCCGACUCUGGCUACAAUGCGCUGCUUUCUUAUCACAUCUCCGAGCCCAAGGGGAGCAACCUGUUCCGAAUCGGAACCAGCACCGGGGAAAUCAGGACUAAGAGGCGAAUGAGUGACAAUGACCUGAAAACUCACCCGCUGGUGGUGCUGGUUUGUGAUAACGGAGAGCCCUCCCUGUCGGCUACUGUGUCUAUUGAUGUGGUGGUGGUUGAGAGCACAGCUGACAUCCAGACUCAGUUCAGACAUGUACCGAUGAAGGAGGAGAGCUUCUCCGAUUUAAACCUGUAUUUGCUGAUCGCCAUUGUGUCGGUGUCAGUGAUCUUUCUGCUGAGCCUCAUCAGUUUAGUAGCUGUGAAAUGCCACAGGACAGACGGCAGUUUCGGCAUGUACGGCGCCCCAAUGAUCACCACCCACCCUGACGGGAGCUGGUCUUACUCUAAAUCGGCCCAGCAGUAUGACGUGUGUUUCAGCUCAGACACACUGAAGAGUGAUGUAGUGGUUUUCCCCGCGCCGUUUCCGCCAGUAGAUGCGGAGUUGAUCAGUAUUAAUGGAGGAGACACUUUUAACAGGACUCAGACUUUACCCAACAAAAAGAAGGUAAGUUGCCAAUUGUACAUAUUUUUAGGCAUCGUUUGUUUAUGA